UUCUUGUAUAUACAUAAACUCAAUUCUAGUGGAAGGAUAUAAAUAUAUGGAUUAGAGUGAUUAGGAGAGUAUUUGGGGAUUAGGAGGGCUUGAGAGGAUUUUGCGGAAGAAAUUGGGGGACCUGGGAGAAAUAAGAUGAAUGAGGCUAAAAGGAAGGCCUAAGAGGGGGAUGUAGAGGGAUUAAGUGAGUUUUGGGAUGAUAUUUUGGGUUUUUGAGGAUAUAGCGGUAUACCGGGGAUCUUUGAGAAUUAAGAGUGAUAUUGGAGAUCAAAAAGGAUAUAGAGGGAUUAAGAAUGAUAUCAUAGGAUUAAGAGGAUAUAGAGGGACUAAAACUGAUAUCAAGGAAUUAAGAGGGAUAUAGAGGGAUUAAGAAGGAUAUAGUGGGAUUAAGAGAAUUUUGAGAAAGGAAUCUGACUUCUUAGUCUUCCAAAAUUUAAAAAUACCAAAAAUACAUAAUGAAAAUAAAUUAAAUUCAGAAGAUCAAAAAACCACCAAAACGGGCAUUACUACAACAAAAACAAUUGCAAUAGCAAAAUAUAUUCGAACGAAUUUAACGAAAUUAAGAAAAAAGAAAAACAAAAAAUAGCAUUGUUUGAUAAACAUAUUGAAGAGAAAAAAGGAGCUAAUGGAGGAGAAGGUUUAAGUCUGCUCGAGUUUUUGCGUUCAUAUGGAGCUGUGUUAAAUUCUCGUGUUUAUGUAGGCGCUUCGAUAGCUAGAGUACUCGAUGUAUUGGCCUUUAAGGGUUAUAUGGUCUUCUUACCCAAAUUUUUGGAGAAUCAUUAUGGCAUUCCUCAAUAUCAAGUGCACAUUUAUAUGGCAUUUUUUGGGGUAUUAGGAUUUGCUUUUGGAGCAGCUAGUGGAGGUUUUAUAAUGAAAAAGCUGAGGCUGAAUGGAAGAAAAGCAGCUAUUUAUGUUUUGAUUAUUUCUGUUAUAAAUACUGCAUUGUUUGGGCUAAAGCCGCUACUUGGGUGUUAUUCUACUGUUAAUAGUAUUGGCCGUGACGUUCCCAGUAAUUCAAAUAACCACCAUAUAGAAUUAAACCUAACACGGGAAUGUAACACAGAAUGUGGAUGUAACUCAGCAAAACUUUAUCCAGUCUGUGAUAGAGCUGGUAAUGUCUAUUACUCUCCUUGUCAUGCUGGGUGCAGACAUAUUGAGAUACUGGACGGAGAAGAAAAUAAGCUGGAGUUUUCAGAAUGUGAAUGCGCUGAUGGGGGUAUUGUAAGCAAAAAACUUUGCCCAGACAAUUGUAGAUUUAUGAGAUACGCCUUUUUCGUCACGAUAGUUCUCGGUGCCUUCAUUGCCGGUACAGGCGUUGUGCCAGGAAUGUUGUUACUCUUACGCUCCGUCCCUCCCGAAACUAGGAGUCCAGCAUUGGGACUGCAAGGCCUUUUGGUGUCUGGAAUAGGCACACUUCCAUCUCCUGUGCUUUGGGGCUUAGUGAUUGACAGUGCUUGUCGUGUAUGGGAUUAUGAAUGUCAAAAAAGAGGGGCAUGCAAUAUCUACGAUCCUUGGGCACUACGUAUGCGAAUGCAUUUUCUUUAUGUUUUUAUUAGGGGAUUAUCAUUACUUGCCGAUAUUUAUGUUUGUAUUCACGCAAAAGGAUUGAACUUACAAGAGGAGGAUGAUGAAGGAAAGAAUGAAGAAGAUAGGCAAUCAGCUGAGAAGGCUGCGGCAAUACGCGAAACUAUAACUUUGGAAGCUAUUCCUACAUAAUAUAUAUUUUUAA